UUUCUUCUUUUCUGAUCAAGACAAAAAAGAGAGGUCAUUUUACCAAUUGAAUCAAUCCACAAUUCCAUCCCCUUUGGAGAAAAAAAGGAAAAAGAAAAAAGAACUUGCCUAUACCUUUUUAACUUCCACUGGACACCACCGUCUACUCUGUCUGUAUGUCCUCUGUUUCUAAUAUUUCUAACUAACUUUUCAUUCCAAAGUAGUAUUUGAAUUCUCAAAUCAUAAUUGUUUGUACUAUUCAAGAAGCACAAUUUGUCACCAAUCAGACAAAAGAUAUUUUAGAUAAAUGGAGUCCGAAAAUGGGGUUCCAGUUGAAGAGGAAAAGAUUGUUGUGGCUGAAAAGAAUGUCAGUGUGAAGGAGAAUGUGAGUGAAAAAACCAAUGCAAAUGAGGAGAAGGCUAAUGUAACACCUAAUGUCAAAACUGAAUUGUCUGGGAAUGUUCCAAAGAGCAAAACAUCAAGUCAAAGAAAGCUUGCUAGUGAUGAAACUACAAAGAACAAUAAAAUGGCUAAGGAUCAGGCUAGUUUAAGAGGCACAGCUGCAUUGACUCGUUCGAAAAAGGCAAGUAUAUCACAAAGUCUAUCGUUCCCUGCAAGAGGUAAUAGUUCCGAUGUAAUGAGGAAGAGCAUUGAUGUCUACCCCAAGAAAUCAGAUGCCAAGGAAUUGAAAACAAAGGGGUUUAAAAAUGAGACUUCACUUUCUAAGGGAUCAUCAGCUUCUAGUUUGAAUCCGAAGGGUAUAUCAGCUGGAGUAUUGAAGAACGCAAACGCAAAUGGAGGUGUUGCAACCAGCAGAAGGACAACUAUUGCAGCCGUUCCCAGUCUCCGUCAGUCUAUGUCCGGGAAAUCUCUUCCGGCCGGUGGAAGUGCAAAGAAAGCUACAUCUGAAGUAUCAAAUGACGAAAACAAAAAACCUACUAAAGCUGCAUUGCUGCCUCUUAAAGAGGAUGAGGAUGCUCGUUCUACCACUUCCUCAAGUACCACUCCUCGUGGACAACGAAGGGCCAGUAUUGCUGGAUUUUCUUUCAGGUUGGAAGAACGUGCUGAAAAGCGGAAGGAGUUCUUGGCAAAGAUAGAAGAGAAGAUACAGGCAAAGGAAGAGGAAAAGAAUAACAUGCAAGCAAAAUCCAAGGAAAACCAAGAGGCGGAGAUAAAGCAACUGAGGAAGAGCUUGACAUUUAAAGCUACACCAAUGCCAAGCUUUUACAAGGAACCCCCUCCAAAAGUUGAGCUAAGGAAGAUACCAACAACACGUGCUGUAUCUCCUAAGCUUGGAAGAAAUAAGAACUCCACAUCGACAACCAACAGCUCUGAAAGUGGAGGAUCGUGUUUGAGUCCAAGAGUUGUCAAAGAACAGGUAAAGUCACCCACGGCCUUGCUGUCAACUAGUGAUAAUGUUACUGGUGUUUCAAAAGGGAAGCCUAUUGAAACCAAGAAGCCGACGAAAAGUUCCUCAACUGCUAAAACUAAAGCGAAAGCUGUUGGAACAAAAUCAAAAGCUGCUGAAGUCAAGAACUUGGAGGAGAAUAUUUGUGAAGAAAAUGCACAAGACAUGCAUGUUAAACCAGCUGAUGAAAAGUGCGAGAUGAAUCCAGCAGACGAAAAUGCAGUUCAACCGUCAAACGCUGUUGUUAUUACAGCUGAAGUCACUGUUGAAGGUUAACGCACUUUAAGGAGUUUCUAGUGUCCUGUAUUCAUAUAUAGGUUUUUCUUUUGGGGUCUCUGAAAAUUUUAUGCUUCAUUGAGUUGUGAAUGGCAUUGUUGUAUGUUGUGUUUAUAAAUUGUAUAUGUUGGUUCGAAAAUGUUUGACAUACUUAUUUUGUUCUAUCUUGUAUCAUGCUCAAAUGAUUCUGCCA